AUGAAUGGCGUGGCGGCAUUGGAGCAACGGCGGCAGCCCGUAACAUCAACAGCAGAUUGGGCGAGGGCACCACUACCAUCAGGACUGUCAAGCGCUGGUUUGCUCAUUUCACAAGCGGAGACACCGUCUUCGAAGACAACCCUCGGUCAGGACCCCCACCCCCACACUGUCGAAGACUCCGCCAUUCUCGACGCUGUCAAGGAGGAUCCGGAGAUCAACACCCGCGAUCUUGCGACGAGGCUGGGGUGUAGUCAUUCAACACUCGUCAAUCGCCUCCAGGCAAACUCGGCGCUUUGUCGCCGUGCCGGCGAACCUGAACUUACAAUGGGGAAAGACUACAAAUAUGGUGGUUAUCAUUACGGGUAUUCGCAGGCUCCAACAGCACCAAGCAUGGAGAUCACUAUAAACCAGAAUGGUGCAGACUCCGCGAAAAAUCCCUAUCAAACUCCUGGACCAAUUGGACGAGGGCGACCACCGCUGUCAGCGCCACCUCAUCCGCCACCACCUCCGCCAUCGUAUGGCGGUUAUGAGCAUCCCGCCUAUAAUCCUCUGUGGUUCGACAGGUUUCCACGUCGAGAGAAUCGAGGAAUGUUCAGAUUGUGCCUUGUCGAGCUGAUGUUGGCUGUUGUAAUCCUCGCUGGAGGAAUUUGGUGCUAUCAAGACACCUCCGAUUACUGCCCAUACUAUUCGGCAAUAUGGACAUCAGUUAUUUAUGUUGUAAAUUCUUUGGUAGGAAGUGCUGCAGCUAAAAUUGGCUCCAUCAAUCUCUACAUGGCUCAUCUGGUGUUGUCGUUGGUCGCUGUAGCGAUGUGUUUCAUCAGUGGAGCACUGAGUGCUAGGGUGAUCACGUUCAUACUCGCCUAUAAACUCAAGAAGAAGUCCUACCAUCACCAACCUCGCGACACUGUCGUUACCCUUGCAAAAACACUCAAAAAACAAUAUUUAUAG